GUUGUUAGCGGCAACGACUAUACCGUUUUCUCCAAUCGAUUUCAUCGCCGCUCCGAAUUAAAAUGAAAUAAAAUACCGAUUAUCUCGAUACCGUUAAUUGAAAUAUUGUAUUUACACUAUUAUAAAUUGCUCGACAAAUAUUCUGUAAUUGCGACACAAUAUUGGAAAUCAUUGAUCGAUACUCGAGUCUGCAACUAACGAAAUUUUUCAGUGUCUAUCUAACCAAAGCCACGUGUUCUAAACUUCUUUCAGAUAUUUUUCACUAGGAUACGUUGAGGCAUGGUGAAGAGGGACAAUGGCGGAGUUCGUGGACGGUUGGUUUCUGGGACAUACCUUGGGGGAAGGUGCCUACGGAGAAGUUAAACUCGUGAUAAACAAGAUGACCGGUGAGGCUGUUGCUAUGAAGAUGAUUGAUCUGCAGAAACAUCCUGAUGCCAAGCACAAUAUUAAGAAAGAGGCAACUGUUCAUCGAAUGCUAUCUAAUCCAAAUAUUAUUAGGUACUAUGGACAAAGAAGUGAAGCUACGAUGGAGUAUAUCUUUUUAGAAUACGCAUCAGGAGGCGAACUCUUUGAUCGAAUUGAACCCGAUAUUGGUAUGCCAUCCUGGGAAGCGCAGAGAUACUUCAAGCAAUUGAUUUCAGCUGUGGAGUAUUUGCACGACCAUGGAGUAGCCCAUCGUGAUCUCAAGCCAGAAAAUCUUCUCUUGGAUGACAAGGACAACUUGAAAGUUUCCGACUUUGGCUUAGCGACUAUUUACAGACUCCAGGGUAGAGAGAGACUCUUGGAAAAACGAUGUGGCACUCUUCCUUACGUAGCCCCUGAGGUGUUGACACAUCCGUAUCACGCACAACCGGCUGAUGUCUGGUCCUGUGGAAUUAUUCUCGUGGCAUUAUUAGCGGGUGAAUUGCCUUGGGAUGAAGCAGACCCACAAUGCCCAGAAUAUGCUGCAUGGAGAGAAGCGAAAUACAUGAAUUUAACGCCUUGGAAAAAACUUGAUACAAUAGCUCUAGGGCUUAUCAGGAAAAUUCUCAUUCACACGCCGUCCUCAAGAUUAAAAAUCUCAGAUAUUAAAAGUCACCGAUGGUACCUGAAGAAUCUUCGGAAUGAUAACUGCGAAGACUGCACAGACGGAAAUGAAAUAAAAUCUGCGCGGUAUGACGAGGAAUGUGUCACUAGGUUCGGUCUCUCCCAACCUGAAUUUCCACAUAUGGAGAACCAGCCGCUUUACAUGAACCUCGAAGAGCGUCCGGGUUUCUCAUUUUCGCAACCAGCUGCAUUGGGAGAUCUUCUCCUGUUGACGCAGCCUGUACAGACCCAAACAAGUCAAAACACUUUCCAGAGGCUCGUAAGGCGGAUGACGAGGUUCUUUGUCAAAACAGAUUGCGAAGAAACUGUUAGAAGACUCAUUAAGAGUCUCAAGGAGCAGAAUUACACUUGUCGAACGAAUGACGUGGGAAUUGUAACAGCAUCAACGGUUGAUAGAAGAAAAAUGCCAUUAGUCUUCAAAGCCAUAAUGGUGGAGAUGGAUGGAAAAAUUCUCGUUGAUUUUCGAUUGUCCAAAGGAUGUGGCUUAGAAUUUAAACGACGUUUUGUCAGAAUAAAAGAAACACUUGAUGAUACGAUUCUCAAAGGACCUGUGGCGUGGCCAAUUGCUGUUGCUACCAAUACGAUGCCUUAAUUUAUAAAACAGUAUUUAUGCAACAGUGGAACAAAGCAUUCUUAUAUUUUUGUAUUUAAAAAAAAACUAUAGAUAAGUAUAUUGACCAUGGA